AAGCACCUUGAGGCGACUGAUGUUGUGAUUUGGUGCUGUAUAAAUAAAAUUGAAUUGAACAGAAUUGAAAGACAUGAACAAUGUGCCUUGGUGAGUCAGUAUUUCUUUCAGAAUGCCAUCGUGGGAGAAGACCUGAAACUGUACCUGCCGAACUCUCUUUCCUAAGUGGUGCACAGCAGCGCUCGUGAUAUAAUUCACCAGAACUAAUACAAAUGGAUAUCCAAGUGCACUCUGGUGAAAUGGUCCGAUGAGGUCUAUGCUAAUGCUCUCAAACUGGACCUCCAAUAAUGCUACGGGGCACAAAGGCGCUUUUGGAAUGGCUGGCUGGUUAACCAGCUGACACUCCAGGGAGGACACGCACCAUCGGCGCACAUCUGCCUCGAUGCCCAGCUAAUAUAAUUGAGCCAUUAUUCACUCCAGAGUUUUAUCAUAUCCCAUAUGCCUUGCCAUGGGGUUAUAAUGAGCUGCCUGGAAAAUCAAUUCCUGGGGCUCUUAGGCACCAACAGCUGGGUGUGUUCUUCAUGUGUGCUAGUGUCACGACUCACUCGAUAAAGCUUAUCUUUGCGCAAUAUCAAAUGCGUGUAGGUCCACGCUCCUUCAGGGUGCACCAUCUGACCAUCAAAUUUUUAUGACUUGGUCAAAGGCUCAACAUCACAAGAGUACUCUAGUAGGUAAUUGCUGGAGUGAGCAGAGGCUUACGAAAAGGCCCUGCCUUUUCUCCUCCCCGGAGUCAGUGCUGGAUGACCCUGCGGCACCUCUGAGUCCAACGCAGACACUAUACAUCAAUACAGGUUUUGAACACAUCCCGGCACACUGCCCCAAGCGGUUAUUUUACCCGGGCAAAUCUCUCCCCAGAAUUAAGGAAUGCGUCAGGCGCAAGCUAGCCGCAGCCUUCACACUAUGAUUCUUGCCCUUAUAUUUGAUUUCCAGCAACACUAGUAAAUAUAUAAGUACAUCGCAAUGCACGCACCUAACUUUCAUCCACUCUGCCUCCAGAGAAGCCUGGACCAAAACAGGGUUUUGCGGACCAGGGUCUUCAUACUGCCAGAGUCCCCUAUAGCUUGGCGUGUACCCUUUUAGAACUUUAGCAGUAUGCUGUAUGUCCAUAUCAGAAUGAGGGUGCUGGAGGGCAGACAUCAACAAACGCCUGUCCCACCUCUAUAUGUGAGCACUACCAGGGGACAUGUCACACCAGGUCCACCAUUUGUGUGGCUCCUGGUGAGUGGGGUGCAGGAACUGUAGUCACCGGGACCCGCAGAGAGAAAGUAGAGGAAAUAGUCACUGUUGGUGGGUGGCAACGGCCUGUGGUGGUGGUGCGGGGGAUCCAACCCAGGCCCCUUUUAACCUGAUUCCCAGUGUGAUGUCCUGCAUUAAAGUACUCCACUCUUGGUUAAACAUUAAGAAUUCUGACAUUUUUACAUUUAAAAUACAUGUUCCACAAUAAUUCUGCCUUAGUUAAAGAUGGAGAUAUGACCUUCACGUUCACAUCUACAGUUGGUGUAUGUACAUAACAUUUUGAAUGCAACACUGAGCUUCUUAGAGAAGUGCAUUCUCUACAUUCAACCCAUCCUAAGUAUCAGGAGCAGCAAGCAGCCACUGUGUGGCACUGAGGGGCCCUGUUCACAUGUGGAGAGACUGUGUGAACCAAUCAGUCGGCGUGAUAAAUGUUUGUUGCCAGUAAGAAUGUUCAGUAAUAAUGAAAUCAGGUUACAUCAUCUGUUUCUGGCCUGCUAACCAUGCUGACAAAUAACUGUGUCACAUGAGCUCUGUGCUGUAAAAGAAAUGAUAUAUGACACACAGAUGCAGGCAAACCUGGCAGACCAGCCCUUCAUAGGACCAAGCACAGACUCAAGCCUGAUAAUUACCUGUACAGGUAAACAACUGGAGUUUUAAACCAGAAUAUAAAAAUAAUAGAAACUUAUUGCAUUCUUCUUGUCUAAUGAUAUCAAUGGGUUAAUAUCUAAUUUCUUAUAUGGUUUAUUUUUGAUAUGCCUGAUAUAUCUCAGUCUCAGACCAACAUCUCUGUUGGACUGCAUGACCUAGAAAGGGGUUUGCUCUCCUCCCUGACUACAUUACCAUGCUGUGUUUUCUUCUGCAUUAAUGUGAUCAUGUUAUUCACCUUGAGGAGCAAAUCAGUGUUUCGUGAAACCUGCCGUUACAUUCUCCUGUAUAACCUCAUUCUUGCAGACACUCUACAGAUGGCAGUGAGCCAGAUACUAUACAUGAUGUCUAUUUGUAGAAUAACGUUACCUUAUCCUGUCUGUGGUAUUCUUGUCAUGUUUGCUAAUCUCACCAAUGAAAUCUCUCCUCUCACUCUGGUGCUGAUGUCUCUGGAGCGAUAUGUAGCUGUGUGUUACCCACUGAGGCACGCUACUAUCAUCACCAUCAGAAACACAGAGGUGGCCAUCAUUAUGAUUUGGAUCUUUUGUUCACUCAAUAUUCUCAUUCGAGUUCUGCUGCUGUUAGAGUUUCCAUUUGAAGAGCUGCAGAGUCUGCAGAUGAAAGACUUCUGUAGUACAUUUCUCAUGUUUCUCACACCUGUAUCUCAUGAGUAUGACAAAGCUUACAGUUGCUUUCUGUUUGUGUCGGCUUUUGUUGGAGUCACUUGCUCCUAUAUAGGUGUUAUGUUGGCAGCCAGAUUGGCCUCCACAGACAAAGCUUCAGCCCUGAAGGCUCGUAACACCCUGCUGCUGCAUCUGGUGCAGCUUGGCUUCAGCCUCUCUUCAACUGUGAACAAUGCAUUACUUUUAGUCACCUCAAAAACUGUUUCAAGAAGGGUGCUUGUUGUUGUGCAAAUUGUUUUUUAUGUGUUUCUUAUUAUUCUCCCCAGAUGUUUGAGUGCACUUAUUUAUGGUCUCAGAGACCAGACCAUCAGACCCAUCCUCGUUUAUAAUCUAUGUUGUCAACUGAAACUCACAGUUGUGACACGGAAGGCUAAGGUCUCCCCUUAGCAAACAUGGAAAGCAUUAAUCAGUCUGUCUUUGUGUUUGCUAGGCUCUGUCAUACUGUAAUCUGUUUUUUAAAAAUCAGCAACACAACCGAAAGAUUAAUUUUCUGAAGUUAAAUGGUCAUUGUUGGUGUUUUUUUUCCUUUUGAGAAAAAUCAUGUUCGGCUGUAACUGUUUUUCAGUAUUCAUUAAGAUCCUGGCAUACAAAUGUCUGUCAUUUGAAAGGUCCUUAAACAAGCCAUUAUUCAUUAGUUGUACCAACACUAUAAGUUUCCUUCAUAUCACUCUGAAGAAAAUAUGUUUGGAGUUAUUGCAACAACUUAAAUAAAUUUUAUU